AUCAUUUAAUACAAUAAACUCAUUUUGCAAUCCCCCUUUCUCCAUGUAUGUUAAAGUCUAGCUUGAUUCGUGUUAUGAUAUGGGUGGAAGGUUAGUGUUAGGACAUAGACAAACACACUACCAGGAUGCACUUAAACACUCCAUCCCCAGUUGGCAGCAGCAACCAGGUCACGGUCUGUGCUCUACCAGGAACCCUUGAUAAGCACUACAGGUGGUGCCAAUCAGGAUUGAUUGGCAAUGUGUGACGAGAGGCCUCUCGGCUUGUUUAGAGUUGUUUUGUGUUGGUUAACCUCUUUAGUUUAGGCAUUGCCUCUUUGUAGUUUUCUUUUUGUAUAUAUUUACUUUGGGUCACCACUUUGAACGGAUACUGAUCUGCUUGGACUGGCCGAUGAUGGGAGUCAUGGCUGAGCUGGCCCUGAACCUGAGUCUAGAUUUGAUAAACUGGAGCAGGAGCUGAAGGAGAUCAACGCAAACCGAGACACCCUCAGGCAGAACUUCACUCAACUAAUGGAGAUCAACCAUCUCCUGCAGAUGACUGAUGACUUUUUUGAGGAGGCUGAGUCCCAGCUCUCCAUCUCUGAGCUUCCUUCUGAAGAGUCGGUGUACUCUUCCAGGGUGACAUGCCGACGCACCAGUUACACCAGCACCAACGGACCCCUGAAACUUGGGUUUGUUGCAGGAGUCAUCAAGCAUGAACGUUUCCUUGCCUUCGAAAAGAUCCUGUGGCGACUGUUUCAUGGAAACUUUGUCCUCCGUCAUGCUGAAAUCAAGCCCCAUGAGGAGGAGAACAUGGCUGAGGAUCCAGUGAAGAAGGAUGUGUUCGUAGUAUUUGUCCAAGGAGACCAGAUCAGAGGAAAGAUCAGAAAGCUAUGUGAUGGGUUUCAUGCCAGCAUGUAUCCAUGUCCCAACAAUGCGUACGCAAGAAAGGAAAUGAGAACAAACGUCAACACACGCAUUGAAGACCUUCGAUUGGUCCUGAAGAGGACGGAGGAGUUCCGUGAGACUACUCUGACUGCAGCAGCAGCCAACCUCCAGGAGUGGGCCUCUAAAGUAAAGAAAAUGAUGGCCAUCUAUCACACAUUGAACCUGUGUAACAUAGACAUUACACAGAAGCUGAUUGUUGCUGAGAUUUGGUGUCCAGUGUCUGACUUAAACUCUGUGCACACUGCACUGAUACAUGGAUCAGAGCAGAGCGGCUCCAGUCUUAGCCCCGUCGUGAACAGAAUCCAAACCCAGCAGACACCCCCAACAUUCAACAGGGUUAACUCCUUUACCUCAGGUUUCCAGAGCAUUAUUGAUGCCUAUGGGGUCGGCAACUAUCAGGAAAUAAACCCAGCUCCAUACACCAUGGUGACCUUCCCCUUCCUGUUUGCGGUCAUGUUUGGAGACUGUGGUCACGGUCUCGUCAUGACUCUGCUCGCUUUAUGGUUGAUCCUACACCAAGAACACUUCAGGAAGCUGAAGAACGAGCUGAUUGACAUGCUGGUGGAUGGACGCUACAUUAUAUUCCUGAUGGGCCUCUUCUCCAUAUACACUGGCCUCAUCUACAACGACUGCUUCUCCAAGUCCUUCAACGUCUUUGGGUCCUCGUGGAGCGUCCGCCCCAUGUUCCAUCCACACGGACCGUGGACUAAUGACACGUUGCAUGACUCUGGCCAUCUUCAUCUGGACCCCCUGGUGUCUGGAGUCUACUCUGGCAAUCCCUACCCAUUUGGUGUUGACCCGAUUUGGAAUAUUGCAUCGAAUAAGCUGUCGUUCCUGAACUCUUACAAGAUGAAGAUGUCUGUAAUCAUGGGAGUGGCCCACAUGCUCUUUGGAGUCACUCUGAGUCUGGUGAACUACAUAUUCUUCAGAAACUUAAAGGAUGUUGCGUUGCAGUUCAUUCCAGAGGUGAUUUUCAUGCUGUCUCUGUUUGGAUACCUGAUCUUCCUCAUCCUCUACAAGUGGUGUGUAGUGAUGAAGUCUGAAUCUGCUCCUAGCAUUCUGCUCCUCUUCAUCAACAUGAUGCUCUUCGACUACAGCUCUGAGGGUACUGUGCUUUACAGAACACAGAAACCUGUGCAAAUAUUUCUGGUGGUUGUUGCUGUGCUUAUGGUUCCUUGGCUACUGUUUGCCAAGCCCCUGCUCUUGUAUAGAAAACACAAGCAAUUAAAGCUGAAGCCCUCAACAAACAAGCUUCCCAUGCAGGUUUUUGGGAUCUCCAACCAAGAGGCUUCAGAUAAAAGGAAAGAGAAGGUCAGUAUGGCUGACAUUUUCGUGUACCAGGGCAUCCACACCAUCGAGUACUGCCUUGGAUGCAUCUCCAACACAGCCUCCUACCUCCGCCUGUGGGCUCUCAGUCUAGCUCAUGCUGAGCUGUCUGAGGUGCUGUGGAAGAUGGUUCUGCAGGUGGCUCUGAGGGUCACCUCGGGGAUGGGUUCUGUUCUGCUGGCAGUGACCUUUGCUGCCUUCGCUGUCCUCACAGUCACCAUUCUCCUGGUCAUGGAGGGUCUCUCUGCCUUCCUCCACGCCCUACGGCUGCACUGGGUUGAAUUCCAAAACAAGUUCUACAAAGGAUCUGGGUACAAGUUCACACCGCUUUCCUUCGACAGGAUGAGAGCCAUGCAGUGACUUCAGAUAGGGAAACACGUUAUUGCUACGAGUCCGUUCUCAUAUGCAUUUACUGUUUAUGUUGAUAUGUCUUUGUGUUAGUCAUUGAUCACAUUAAGUUGUUUUCGGUAUGUAGAUCGUACUCUAUAACUGUCGCCAUGGAAUGAAAAAUCUGUGCAAGCAAGGUGCAGCAUUUGCCACAAGAUGGCAGCACGCAAUUAUUAGUCAGUCAUGGUUCUAAAAGUAGGCUACAUUCGGCAACAGAAGAAUUGUCAAAAGAACACAAUAAAUAUAAGGAGAUUUAGUUGAGCAUCUACUUCCUAAAAUGUCUUAAGAGUUUAAUUAGAUUAAAAAACAAUGAACAAUAUUUAGAUCCAACAAUAGUGUACAAAACAUUAAGGACACCUUUCUAAUAUUGAGUUGCACCCUGCCCCUUUUUCCCUCAGAACAGCCUCAAUUUGUCGGGGCAUGGACAAUACAAGCCCUCAAAAGCGUUCCACAGGGAUGC